AUGGGGCUGAAGGCUCGGCGCGGCGCUAGCGGGGCGGCGGCGACAUCGGGCGGCCGGGCGGCGACAGGAGGUGGCGGCGGUGGCGGCGGAGGUGGCGGCGGUGGAGACCCCGAGCAGGGCUCGCUGGCCCUGGGGUCCGGAGCCGAUCGCGACGGGACUCUGCUGCUGGAGGGCGGCGGGAAGGACGAGGGGGGCAAACGGAGCCCGCCGGGCUUGGGGCUGCUGGCCAAGACCCCCCUGAGCCGCCCGGUGAAGAGGAACCACGCCAAGUACCGACGGGUCCAAACUUUGAUCUACGACGCCCUGGAGCGACCCCGAGGCUGGGCGCUGCUCUACCACGGCUUCGUGUUUCUGAUUGUCUUGGGGUGUUUGAUCUUAGCUGUCCUGACAACUUUCAAGGAAUAUGAAACUGUUUCAGGAGACUGGCUCCUCUUGUUGGAAACUUUUGCCAUUUUCAUCUUUGGAGCAGAGUUUGCCUUAAGAAUCUGGGCUGCUGGGUGUUGCUGUCGCUACAAAGGAUGGAGGGGGAGACUCAAAUUUGCCAGAAAGCCUCUGUGCAUGCUGGAUAUCUUUGUGCUGAUUGCUUCAGUGCCAGUGGUUGCUGUUGGGAACCAGGGCAAUGUUCUGGCCACAUCUCUCAGAAGCCUCCGCUUCCUUCAGAUCCUAAGGAUGCUCCGAAUGGACAGGCGGGGUGGCACAUGGAAGCUUUUGGGAUCGGCCAUUUGUGCACAUAGCAAAGAACUCAUCACUGCUUGGUACAUCGGGUUCCUGACGCUCAUCCUAUCCUCGUUUCUUGUUUAUCUGGUUGAAAAAGAUGUGCCUGAAAAGGAUGCUAAUGGCGUGGAGAUGAAGGAAGAGUUUGAAACCUAUGCAGAUGCAUUGUGGUGGGGGCUGAUCACCCUUGCUACGAUUGGGUAUGGUGACAAGACCCCCAAGACAUGGGAGGGCCGGCUGAUUGCAGCUACGUUCUCUCUCAUUGGAGUGUCUUUCUUUGCUCUUCCUGCAGGCAUUCUGGGAUCAGGGCUGGCACUGAAGGUCCAGGAGCAACAUCGUCAAAAACAUUUUGAGAAAAGAAGAAAGCCAGCAGCUGAACUCAUUCAGGCUGCCUGGAGAUACUAUGCUACUAACCCCAACAGGAUUGAUCUAGUUGCUACCUGGAGGUUUUAUGAAUCAAUUGUAUCAUUUCCAUUUUUUAGGAAAGAGCAAUUGGAUGGUACUGCCAGCCAAAAGCUGGGUCUCUUGGAUCGGGUUCGUGGUACCAAUACUAAAGGAAAGCUAUUUACCCCUCUGAAUGUAGAUGCCAUUGAAGAAAGUCCUUCAAAAGAGCCUAAGAAUGUUGUCUUGAAUAAUAAGGAGCGUUUUCGCACUGCAUUCCGAAUGAAAGCGUACGCUUUUUGGCAAAGCUCAGAAGAUGCAGGUACAGGGGAACCCAUGGGAGAAGAGAGAGGCGACAGUAGUGACUUCCUCAUGGAAGAGAUGAUCCCCACAUUCAAGACAGCCAUCCGAGCUGUCAGAAUACUACAGUUUCGUCUCUAUAAAAAAAAAUUCAAGGAGACAUUGAGGCCUUAUGAUGUAAAGGAUGUGAUAGAGCAAUACUCAGCAGGGCAUCUUGAUAUGCUUUCCAGAAUAAAGUAUCUUCAGGCAAGAGUAGAUAUGAUUUUUACACCUGGACCUCCAUCUACUCCCAAGCAUAAGAAAUCCCAAAAGGGAGGAGCUUUUUCUUACCCUUCACAACAGUCUCCCAGAAAUGAUCCAUAUGUAGCCAAAGCAUCUACAGCAGAUACUGAAGACCAAAGUAUGAUGGGCAAAUUUGUUAAAGUUGAACGACAGGUUAAUGACAUGGGGAAGAAACUGGAUUUUCUUGUCGAUAUGCAUAUGCAUCAUAUGGAACAGCUGCAAAUACAAGUCGCUGAGAUAAGUCCAUUGAAAGAAACUGCUUCUCCUGCAAAGGAGAAGAGAGAAGAAAACAAGUAUUCUGAAUUAAAAACAAUAAUAUACAAAUACACUGAGCAGUGUGCUCAUGAAACUCCAUACAGCUUUCAGCAGGUUCCAGUCAACAAAGUCAGUCCUUAUGGUUUCUCAGCACAUGGUCAUGUGACUCAUUCACAACCUUUAUCAACGGGUGGGCAAAACUCUGGCAAACUGCAAGCCACACCUUCCUCAACUUCAUAUGCAGAAAGGCCAACAGUUUUGCCUAUAUUUACGUUGAUGGACUCACAGGUUAGCUACCACUCCCAAGGAGACCUGCAAAGCCCUUACUCAGACAAAGUGUCUCCAAGGCAGAGAAGGAGCUUAACAAGAGACAGCGAUACGCCAUUGUCCCUUCUCUCUGUCAACCAUGAGGAACUUGAGCGCUCCCCAAGUGGCUUCAGUAUCUCCCAAGACAGAGACGACUUUCCUUUUGGCCCCAAUGGGGGAUCUGCAUGGAUGAGAGAGAAACGUUACCUAGCAGAGGGAGAAACAGACACAGACACCGAUCCUUUUACACCAAGUGGCUCCAUGCCUUUGUCUUCAACAGGAGAUGGGAUUUCAGAUUCAAUAUGGACCCCUUCAAAUAAGCCAGUUUAA